AUGUGUCAGGCAGCCAGCCGAGAGUACGCCGAGUUCUUAGACCGCCUUCACCCGGAGCAAGGUGUAGGCGAGAACGUGAUCAUCACCAGCGUAUCCUCGACCUACGCACCGAUCACGAUUGAGAAGUCGGACUGUCUUGCGCGCGUUUGGAAAUGCAGGGUGAGGCCAAGCGAUGCGGCUGGAGACGAGGAGUGCGAGCUCUGCCUCCGGGAACCAUGCCAACACACUGAUGGCAAGUGCACACGCAAGAACUUCACCUGCCGGUUCUGCCACCGACACCAAACAGGGAGCGGAGGUUGUUGGGUGAGUAGCACCGACCAGAAGCGUUACGGCGCAACGCUCGCGGCGAUUCCUUCCCCGUGGACUCAGUGA